UGCUGCUGAAUCAUGUGCAAAUGACUGCAUGUUAAAGAAUACUUUUACUUCUACUUUGAUAAUGGUCAAUAUGGCAAUCGCUGUGAAAUUAUUUCAUGGAACGUAAAUGGAAUUUUGGUGGAAAACAUUCCUUUUGAAAUGGAUUUUGACAGAAAAGAUGGUUUCAGUUAUUUAGAUGGUGUUCCUGUUAAAAUAUCUCCUAAAUUCUGCCCACCGCGACCAGUUUCUAUGCCUUUAGCGCUUGAUGCAGAAUUUCCAUCAAAUUUACUUGCCGAGCAGUAUGAUUUCUCUUUGGAAAAGAGUGUUUUGGAGUCAGAAAGAAGAAGAAAAGCGGAGCUAGAAGACAAAUCAAUUGCUAAAGAUGGUUCUACUAAUAUUGGAAGUACGUUAAAUAUUUCUAACAAGGAUGGUUUUAAUCAAACCAUUAAUGCAGGGUUUGACUCAGCUUUAAAACCAAAUGUCCACCGUGUUUUACCAUGGCAGUCUGAUAUAAUUUUACAGCCAAAACCUCAGCAAUCUGUCGAAAAAGUUUCAAAUGGUAAUGAAAUUGAGGAUGCCACUAAACGAAUUAACUUAUCAGACUUUGAAAACGAUACUUCAAGUCCAUUUGACUAUAUGGAACUUCAAACUAUUAAUGAUUUAGAAGAACUAAGUAGUGUCUUUCAGGACUUACAUAGUAAAAUAUCUGACAAAGAGAAAUCACAGCUGCAAGAUUCAGAGAAUUUGGAAAUAUCUACUUCUGCAAAAGAAGAAGCAGUUAGCAAUGUCUCAAAAUCCAUUAGCUUUCCAAUUUCUCAAAAACACGAAUUUAAUUCUGAAAAAAUUCCAAAUAGUUCUAGUGAAGAUUUUGUAUAUGGGUCCUGUAAUAAUCCCAUGCCUUUAUUAUCUGGUUCUAAAAGUGAUGCUCGUCUGUCUUUCUCCUAUCCGAGCGUUUCUGCUGUUGUGAGUGAUUUUAAUUCCCAGUCAAAAGAAGAGGUGAAGAAUUUUGUUAGUGAUAUAAGUUAUACAGCACUAUCUGAAGUGCCUUACAUUUCAUCUCAUACUGCCAGAAAUAUUUCUGAAAUGACCAGUGAAACAGCAUCUACAUCUAAAGCAAAAUUGCGUGGAUGCAAAAGUUAUUCCGAUAUAUGCAAUCUGUCUGAACUCGAAACUGCAUAUGCCACAGAACAAGAGAGAUCACGUACACCACCUAGUAAUAUAUUUCCUACAGAAGUUUCUGAGCCUUUAAUUAAUAAAAUGGAUAAAAAUGAUCAUUCCCAAUUUACAAACCAUGAGAAUGCAUCCAGGAAUGGCAUCCUAAAUUCAGAUAGCAAUGCAUCAAAACCAUUUGGCUUGCCCGAUCCUUAUUAUGAAUUAGAUGAUAAUGAAAGACAAGUUGUUGAUUCAAUAACAGACAUGGGUUUCUCAAGAGGACAAGUAGCUCGAACUGUGAAACACUUAGGAAUGGAUGAAAAAAAGGUUGUGGAACAUUUGUGUCAGAUUCAGAUGCUAGAAGAAUCUGGAUAUGAUAGUUUAGAAGCAGAAGCGGCACUUCAUUUACAUGAUUACAAUCAAGAUCAAGCAAAAGUUUUUCUGGAUCUUCUGAACAAAUUUCAAGAUUUGGGAUUUGAAAAGAAUGCAAUCAAGAAGGCUCUGGUGCAGAACAAAAAUGACUGGAACAAAACAAUAGAUGCUUUGCUACCUUGAUACCAAUUUUUAGAGUGCUUUCUCUUAUUUUAAUGAUGUGAUUUAUAUACUACAUAAGGAAAAGAUGUUGUAAAUCAUGAGGGAAUUGGACUUUAUAAACAUUCACAGUAUUUUAUAGGGUAACUGUGUUAUUGGUCACAGUUUGAUCACUUUUCCCCUUCUCAUGAUCAUUCUGUUUAUAUAAAUGAUUUAUUAAUUUAUAUCAUGCAUAGUAAUUAUGUACAUACAUAAAAUAAAUAAAAUUAUUUUUAUUUUCAUCUAUUUCAAA